GAAACCCUGCUGUCGAGGAGCAGCAGCAGCCGCAUGCCGUCCUCUCCUGCCCUCUUCGUUUCUCCUCAGGCUGCCCAUGGAAACCUAAUGCAGGCGGUGGGCCUCCUCACCGAAGUCAGCGACCGAGAGUCCGAGGGAGACCCCACUGCUUCCGACUCCGAGGGAAGAGAAAGACCGGCCACCCCUCCGAAUGAAGCCCCUCCAAACCCUGCCGAUUUUCAGGAACCUUUUCCUUCUGGAGGCCCAGACUUCUCAGCCGGGGAGACGGAUUUUGCUGCAGCCACCAACGCAGCCCAGGAGCCCAGUGCAGCCGAAAACAAAAACCGCUCCAAAAGGAAACGCUGCGAAGUUUGGGGAGAGAACACAACUCCGCGGGACUGGAGGAGGGUCAGCGGGUGGCCGGUUGGGAUGAAGAACAUUGGGAACACCUGCUGGUUCAGUGCAGUCAUACAGUCCCUCUUCCAGCUGCCAGAAUUCCGGCACCUGGUCCUGAACUAUUCCCUGCCCGGAGCCGUCCUGGACACCUGCCGCAGCCGAAGUGAAAAGAGGAACAUCGCAUUCAUGCAGGAACUCCAAUAUCUCUUUGCUUUGAUGCUGGGAACGCGCCGCAAAUUUGUAGACCCGACAACCGCCCUCGAACUUCUCAAAGGGGCAUUCAGAUCCCCGGAGGAGCAACAGCAAGAUGUGAGCGAGUUCACCCACAAACUCCUGGACUGGCUGGAAGAUGCUUUCCAACUGACAGUGGAGGCCGAGUGAGUCAAAA